GAAUCCAAUUGCAUGUCUACUUUAAUUGAUCUUAUUAAAGCUUUUUAAAAAUGAUAAAAACAUUUAUAUUUCUUGAUUUGGAAACAACUGGAUUAAUUACGAAGAAUUAUAUGCCAAAAAUCACAGAAAUGUCAUUAAUUGCAGUAUCAAGAACUGCUAUAUGCGAUACUACAGAUAUUUCACCAAGAAUUUUACAGAAACUUGUUUUACCAAUAUAUCCAAAUGUACCUAUUUCAAAUAAUAUUCAAAAAUUGACAGGUUUAUCCAAUGAAAAUUUAAAAGAAUUUCCAUGUUUUAACCGUGACAUAUAUAACUUGGUAGUGAAUUUUAUAAAUCGAUUAGCAGCACCAACUUGUUUUAUAGCUUAUAAUGGAAUUAAUUAUGACUAUCCAAUAUUUUUAUCAGAAUUCAAAAAUAUUGAGAAGAAUUUCAGUGAAAAUGUUUUAAGCAUUGACAUGAUGCAUCUAGUCAAAGAAUUUUUCUCCCGUAAACAAAAUCCAAUAAAAGAAAUGAGUAUUGUACAACCUACUGCUAGUAGUUCCAACUGUACUGACGUUAGUAUUUUAUUGAAUGAUGGUUAUGAUAAGAUUUUAUCUGAUGCAUUAGAUUCUAUUAUGGAUGCAAAUCUUAAUGAUCAUAACAAAAAUAAUACUCCAACUAAGAUUAAAGAAACAACAGUUCAUUUGGAUAGUGUAUUUAACACUCCACGAACUAGUUACUGUAAAAAGAUACAAAAAAUCAAUGAAAAGACACCUGAGAAUCAAAUUAUAAAAUUACAACGCUGUGAUGAAAAUUUUCAGGACAGAAGAGGAAGUAAUGUAAGAAGACAAUUAGAUUUUAUAAAUAGUCGGCCCAUUAAUUUUAAAUUGGCUAGUGUUUAUAAACAUAUUUUUGGUAAUAACCCUGAAGAUGCACAUAGUGCAGAAGGUGAUUGUCUUACUAUGAUUCGCUGUGCUAUCAAACUAGGAAAUUUCUUCGUAGAAUGGACAGAUUGCAAUGCAGUACCUUUAAUUAAUUAUACUAGCAAAUGAAAUAUAUUUGUUGAAAGAGUAACAUUUUUUUUUUUUUUUUUUUUGAUAGUAUUCUGUUUAUGAUUCCACUUAAGGAAAUAUAUCUAUUAAAUGUACAUAUAUUCGAUUAUAUCAAAAUCUAUUUUAUCUUCUGAAAAUAGUUCAAAAUAUGAAUUUUAGUAAAUAUAUUACAAAUUGUGGAAGUGAUAAAUGUAACUAUAAAUUUAGAAGUUUAUUUUAUAAUGUGUACAUAAAAAUUUAUAAAACGUCUAAAAAUUCUUUUAUAAUAAUAGAAUAUGCAUAUGUAUAUAAUAAUAAUAAUAAUAAUACCUUAUUAUAUAUCAGAGUUUGUUUAUUACAAAGAGGUUUUUUCACACUACAGACACUGAUUUCUUUAUAUAUAUAUUUCUAUAUAUUUUCUUAACUUAGGGAUAGUUAUUUUAGUUGAACAUCUACGUGAAAAAAUAAGUCAAAUUAGAUAAGAUAAAAUUUUUUCAUAUGACACUUUGUCUCUGAGAAAAUCGAAAUUGAAAAUUUGUGAAGUAUACUUUAACUUGGCUAAGUACUCACUAGGUAUGAGCAAACAAUCAAUGAAAGGUUAUUAUACAUGCGAAAAUAAGUCAAAAAUGUAAAAUAAACUUCUUUCAUUUAAGACUUCAUUUUUAAGAAAACAAAGUGUAAACAUGUUUAAUUACGAACUGGUUUGAUAAAUGCGCAGGAUACAUUUUCAAAUUUGCUUUUUUCGAAAAUGAAG